UAAACGCUUCCGCGGCGGCGAUGCGACGGAGCUUCUGCAGAACGCGCCACCAAACGGCGCGUUUAAAAAUGGAUGACCCGACAUUAAUUAAUUAGGCAUUUUAUUGCAGCGAUUCAAUAAAUCAUGCGGCCGAGGGUAACUUCAAAGCGCCGUUUUUUUGCCCCCCCCCCCAGUCCCCUUGAAUCCCCGCCGUCUUACAGGACACGCGCGAACUCCGCAGUGUGAAAGUGCGUCGGGCUCCGCGGAAUGCGCCGUCACCAUGGAGACCGACCGCUUCCCCCGUUUCGUCCAGAAGCCCGGCAACCGUUUGUGGGGAAACAGUCCGGCGGAUCGCAGAAUUCACUGGUGGGACAAUAAAACGCUCCUCGGAGUUCGGUCCUUAUUUUAAAGAAGGGAAAAAUGCACGAGGGCAACGAGGACCUCACGCGACUCGUAAAGAGAGGUGACCUACAGCACACACACUUUUAGAACUUUGAAACGAACCGGCUUUAGAAGCUAGUGGUGUGUUUUGAUUUACGUCCUAACAGUCUCGACUCGUCGUGUCAAUCAAUGCGCAGCAGUGCUCAAGACAUCAUGUUGCAAAUACAGUUAGAAAUAAAUGGAUUAAAGUCAAAUCAAAUCUGAUUCAAUUCAACGCAUUACAAUUUUUCAGUUUUGUUCAUAUAUAAUUUUGUUUUUCCAAGAAACGCAGCAGCGCAGGGCCAUAGAUGAAAUUCUGUGUUGGCUGGGUCAUAAUUAAAAAAAUAAAAAUGAAAUGAUGAGGCUCUCAUGAAUUCACCUGAUCGCUACCUUGCCCACUGGGGGUUAGUGCCACUGAGUCGAGGUCGACCGUUAGUGACAACUCCAGUGGUUUCCAAGGUAUGACAGGGCACAGGAGUGCUUUACUGUUGCCUCCUUCCACACACCUUUGGGAAGAAACACACUUAAACGUGGAGAAGAUGCGGUCUCCACAUAGACUGAUCAGGGACCGAACCCCAAGUGCUGUGACAUGUUUAUCCGCUGUGCCACCAUGCUGCUGCUCUAAUGACCUGCAUGAUGAACACCUGCCACAGCCUGCAAACACUGAGACCCCACAGUAACCUUCGCUCUGCAGGACAGCAGAGAGACUACGUGCCGGGCACCCCCUUGAAGUCCUCGGAGGAGCCCGCGAAAAGGCGCGGCCGGCGUCACUUCCCUCCGACGUACGGGGACGAGUCUGGCUUCAGGCCUCACGUAGCGCACGUAGAACCCAAACUCACAGAGACUGACCUUGACUGGAAAUCCCGGCUCCGCUGGCUGCCCGAGCCGCGCUACAGCGACGCCCCGCUUCCUCACAUCAAAGCCAUCCUCUUCCCAGAAGAGACCAGACUGCUGAGGUCUUUCCCCCAGGCCAAUAUGAGGACUCAGUCCGAGUGGACAUUUUACCCCAACUACGGACAGCCUACAGCCUUCCAUACAGGCAAGCGCUGCAUAUUUGAUGGGGGUCUUCAUUACAGAAGCUUGAGGAGCUCCUCUGAAGCAACCUUGGAACCAGUGAUGAUGAGGAAAAGGCAAAUACAAUGCAGUGAUUGCUCAAGUAAUGCCGGAAAGCCAUAUUUAAAUCCUGAGUACAGCCCUGACUUCCACAAGUUUGGUUCUACAGGUUUGGGGUCGUCUGGUCCCCCGAAGGCCGACACGUUCAUUCCCUUGUUUCCCGUGGUGGCACCGGCAUGCAAAUCCUACAAGGAAAAGCGGAAGAUGAAACAGCGAGAGGAGGAAAUCCUGGAAGUACGAAAACUUAACGAAUGGAGGCCGGCGACGCCCGUCUACCACUCGUCUUUGCAGGAUGAAAACGGGAAGCGGUAGAGACACCGCAGGACGCCGCCGUGCAGAAGAUGGAAGGAGAGGCACAGUAACCGUGGGCCGGAAUUUCGGCAGCGACUGGCAGCACCAGUGGCACCACGACGGCUUCUCCUACGGGGAUCUCCUCGGGUUUGCGUCAUGCAUAAAACUGGUAUUUUUUAUGCAGAAAUCCUCACAUUUUUAUACACUCAAGUACAUACAGUAUGUAUCAACAUAUUUGCAGUCAUGCACACAAUACAUGUAUGCAGCUGUGCACAGAGGCAGACACAUGCACGCACACACACACACACACACACACGCUCGUCUGCACAAGCACUCACAUUAAAUGCACUUUUAAAGCUGGAAAGGAACCAUCCACCCAGCUAAGCACAAAUUAACACACAAGAGGAAAUGUCAAGAAGCUUAUGACAUCAAAAGAGUUCUUGAUGCACAUGGUUUGUAAUUUAUGAUUAGUGGUUCCGAUUCAACAAAUAGCCUUCGCUGACUGAACUUCGAUUUAUUUUUUGUCUCGCGGAGACGCCGUUGUACUGGCUCAAGAGACAUGGUAAACGUAGUGGAAAAUGGGGGCGUCGGAGGCGCUCAUGUCUGGGAAAGAGGAACCAUCUGAGGUCAAACAUUGGGAAGGCAGCGCUGCCAGGUGGUUGGAUUGUACUGAGUUGCAAAUGUCACCUGUCAGCAACAGUAAAUAACCUGACCUUUACUUUGCUUCGUUCACCACAAUGGCGCAUCUAGUGGAUUUCCUCUAACUCCCCUAUUGGGUAGGUAAAUGACACUGCACUCACGUGUUUGGCAAAAAACGAGCUUUGAAAUACCAGCUGCAAGUUCCUGGGGGAGGGUUUGCAUUUGUGUACAGCUGCGAACUCACGGCUGGAAUCAAGUGUAUCGUGGCCUGAAAAUGUUUCUUUCGAAGUGCAGUCACGUGAUGAGUUGCAAUAACGUAUGAACUUGGGGUGUUUUGAAAUUUCAAUAUUUGGAAAGUCAAAACUGCACUGCAUUUUAACUAUGUUAACUAAAUAAACUUAGUUUUCUUCAGUUACGUUUUUAAAUUUGUUUGCUGCAGUGGAAAUGUAAGCUGUUUUUACACUCCGAGCCAACAGGUGGCAGUAAAAUGCAUCUAAAGCAGUACAGACGUGCACAUGGGAUGAGUCGGGCAACUGGCGUUUAAUAAGCGUUUUUUUG